AUUGCUUCUUCAAAGAUGCGUACGAAUUACACCGAGGCGAUUGUAGGAGCUCCGGAGGCCGAUACAUCGCAAACAGGUAUCUACAGGGGUGGCGCGGUUUACAGAUGCGACAUUGCGACCGACAACAGAUGCGACAUUAUCCACUUCGACGAUACAGGAAACAACCACGUUAGAGCUCCCUCGGAACCUAAUGGUCUGAGUCAGAUCGAUAACAAAACGCUUCAGUGGUUUGGAGCGACGGUUUCUGCCUCAAAUAUAGACGGAGGUCCGAUUAUGGCAUGCGCACCGAGAUACAUUUGGUUCUCCCUUAUACAACCAAGAUACGAUCCUGAAGAUCCGAGACCAGUGAAGGAAGCUAAGGCUGGUAAUCGAAGAGAUCCAGUCGGCACCUGCUGGGUUGUCGACAAGAAUUUCAACGAAACUCAAGAAUUUUCCCCAUGUCGAACGAGGUAUUGGGGAUACCACAGGCAAGGCUCUUGUCAGGCGGGUCUGGGUGCCGCCAUGGCUAAGAACGGCGAAAGAUUAUUUAUCGGUGCACCAGGAAGUUGGUAUUGGCAAGGUCAACUUUAUUCCAUCAGCACUUCGAUGAAAUUCCAAUUCGUGGCAACUACGUUAUUCCAACAGGAAGAAGUUGCAGGUAUCGCGUAUUUGCAGCUGACCAAAUUUAUGCCCUAAUUUCUAAUAAGUAAAACAAAAUGUGUCAGUGAUUGUCGGUUUUUUAAUCAGCUACCACCCUCACCGCCGUCGUCCAGCUUCCACCCCCCGCCCCAUUUACUUUCUUUCUUUCUUUGUUGCAAACCACUUUAAAAAUGACAAAUUAACAUGUGUUGCUUGAUAUUCCUACGCUGUUCUUUCCAAGAUUUAUAUAUGGAAAAUCUUCGAAGGAAUGUGUCUGUCGAGUAAUACAGAAUCAAAAAAUCUUUCAUUUUUCCCAUACUCGCUUGG